AUGUACCAUUGCGUCACGGAUUUCCAGUUGUAGGCUACUUAGUAAAAGCUGAUUUUUUUUUUUACAGAUUACCCCGUUCAACCAAAAGAAAAGCUCUCUCGAGUAAAUUUGAAGCAGAAUGUCUGGGCAGUUGCAUCAAACCAUCAUUCAAAUCAUAGAUGAGCUCAGCACCGAUGAAUGUAAGCGCAUCUGUUACCUGUGUGGGACUCUUGACACGGACACGUUCUCUGCAGAUCCCAGAGGAAUGUUACAGUCUGUGUUGUGCCAGAUAAGGAUGGAUUAUAUGUUUCUCACCGAGCUCAUUCUGAAGAUAAAACGUUGUGAUCUGCUGAGAAAUGUGCUGAGUACCAACAAGAGUACGGUUGAGGGAAUGUUAAAACAUGGACAUGCUGUAUCUGAAUACAGAUUACUGAUGGCUGAUGUCAGUGAGGAUAUAUCCACUGAAGACCUGAAGUCAUUAACAUUCUUACUGAGAGACACUUUACCAAAACAUAAACUGGAAAAUGUCCAGAGUUUUUUAGACAUUGUGGUGGAUCUGGAGAAGCUCGACCAGCUCUCCAGUGAGAAGAUGGACAUGAUCGAACACUGCCUGAGGUCCAUUCACAGGGUUGAUCUAGCUAAAAAGAUCAGCCGUUACCAGCAGAGAGGAUUAAUGGCAAACCAAGGGACUUCCCCAUCAGACAGACUGAAACUCGACCGAUGCAGAAAGGCAUCUGAGAAUAACCCAUUUGGUUUGUCAUCAGUUUCCAGCAAUGUUUGGCAGGUUCCUAAACUCUGUGAUAAGAAGACAGCUGUGAAGAAAGAAGCAAGUAGCUCCUGUUUCCAGCAGCAGGAUGAAGUAUACAGUAUGCAGAGCGAUCCCAGGGGAGUGUGUUUAAUCAUAGACUGUGUCGGCACUGAAGGAGACCAGCUGGCAAAAACAUUUAAGGGCUUACACUUCCAUGUAAUCAUGCACAAGCUGCUGAGUGUCAGAGACAUGCUGUCCACUCUGACGGAAGUGGCCCGACAGCGGGAGCACUACAAGACAUGUGUGUUUGUCUGCUGCAUUAUCAGCCGAAGCCACUCGUCAGACCUGCUGGCCACUGACUCCCAUGGCCCAGGACUGAGCCUGGACACAAUCAGGCACUUGUUCACCCCAACCUCAUGCCCUAGCCUGGCAGGCAAGCCUAAACUCUUCUUUAUCCAGAGCUAUGAUGUAUCAGAGCCUCAGGGGUGUGCUGGGUAUAUGGGGUGUGGAGAUCUGGAAGAUUUGGAGACAGAUGGGCCUGUCACCUACUGCAGGGCGAGAACUGUCCCAGCUGAUGCAGAUAUCUUCUGGAGCCACUGCUGGACUGGAGGGAAGAAACUGGAGAUACCAAACCACCAGUCUGUGUACCUGCAAGCUCUGCGAUCCUCCUUAACUGAGGGACAGAAAAGGAGGACUCAUUUGGUAGAUGUGCACAUGGUGGUGAAUCGUGCAGUAUUUGAGCACAAUAACAAAUCUUCAGAUUUCUCUUACUAUUUAAAUCUAAGACACACUCUGAGGAAAAAUGUCUAUUUGUCAUGAUUAUGAACCCUUAUGUUUAAACGUUAGUGGGGUUAUGCAUAAGUAAAGGUACUAUAGAUGUGUAUGCCAGAACAUGUCAAAUGAUUAAGUCAGGGUUUUUUUUAUUUUUAUUUUGAUGUCAUCUUCCAAAUAUAAUGAUCCAACUAAAAAAAAUGACCAACCUUCCUAAAACAUAAAGGUAGUUAAAAAUUUUCAUAUAUAAAGACCAAUUUGUACUGUAUGAGAAAAUAAUGUGUAGUAUUAUA